AUGUCGCUGCCAAAUGACGAAUCUAUCAUCAACAGCCUUUUCGAUGGUCUGAAACUGCGCAUCAAUAUUUGCAACUCCAGCUUCCACUUAAAAUCAAAAGUGCAUAAGUUUUACUUGUGGAACCAGGAAAGUCCUUGGAAAAAGGUCCAGGGCAAACCUACCGAUGAGGAUGUGCAGGAGUAUACGGCGUCUGACGGGGAUGGACUAAAAAGGAGAAGGAAGGGGCUGGCUGAGACAACAGAUGCGAUCGUGGACUGGAUGGACGAACAGGCUCUUACGCUAUCCACUCAUGCUCCUUCGUUCGGCAUGACGAUCUCUACAACAUAUAAAACCCAGUACGGUAGCAAGGGGUCCUCUCCUGUCGGUCAAUAA